GCGCCCUCGCCGGCAGCGAGAGGAGAGGCGCGUAGGGCGCGCGGGGGCAGGCGAUCGCCGGGUGCAGGGGAGCCUUGGCGGGGCCGGAGCGGAGGGGUCGGAUGCUCGGGUCCCGGUAGCUGACGGCGACGCGGAGCGGCGAAACUUCUCUGCGGGUUCUGGCGCUGGGGCAGCGGCCCCGCAACAACUGCCUCGGCUGCGGGUAGGGGAGGAGAGCAGAGAGCGUCCCAGGGUGAUGUGAGCAGAGCCCAGGAAUGCCUUAUGUGGAUCGGCAGAACCGAAUCUGUGGGUUUCUGGACAUCGAGGAGAAUGGAAACAGUGGCAAGUUCCUGCGGAGGUACUUUAUUCUGGACACCCAGGCCAACUGCCUUCUCUGGUACAUGGACAACCCCCAGAACCUGGCAGUUGGGGCAGGAGCUGUUGGAUCCCUGCAGCUAACCUACAUCUCGAAGGUGAGCAUAGCUACUCCAAAGCAGAAACCCAAAACUCCAUUUUGCUUUGUUAUCAACGCCCUGUCUCAGAGGUAUUUUCUUCAAGCCAACGACCAGAAAGAUCUGAAGGACUGGGUUGAAGCCCUGAACCAAGCCAGCAAGAUCACUGUACCCAAAGCUGGGACCCUACCCCUGGCUACUGAAGUUCUCAAAAGCCUACCAGCUCCUCUGGCCCUAGAGAAGAAGCUGCAGGUGGCCUAUAAGACAGAGAUCAUCGGAGGAGUGGUGGUGCACACACCCAUCAGCCAGAACGGCGGGGAUGGGCAGGAGGGGAGUGAGCCAGGGUCCCAUGCCAUCCUCCGAAGGUCUCAAAGUUACAUCCCCACGUCAGGCUGCCGUGCUUCCACCGGACCCCCCCUCAUUAAGAGCGGCUACUGUGUGAAGCAAGGAAAUGUGAGGAAGAGCUGGAAACGUCGCUUCUUUGCACUUGAUGACUUUACCAUCUGCUACUUCAAGUGUGAACAGGACCGAGAACCCCUACGCACUAUAUUUCUCAAGGAUGUUCUCAAGACCCAUGAGUGUCUGGUCAAGUCUGGUGAUCUCUUAAUGAGGGACAACCUGUUUGAAAUAAUAACCAGCUCCAGGACGUUCUACGUACAGGCGGACAGCCCUGAAGACAUGCACAGCUGGAUCAAGGAGAUUGGGGCAGCUGUCCAGGCUCUCAAGUGCCACCCCAGAGAAAUGUCCUUUUCCAGAUCCAUUUCUUUGACCAGGCCUGGAAGCUCCAGCCUCCCAGGUGGGCCUAUUUCUGUCUCGUGUAGAGGGAGGCCACCUAUGGAAGAAAAGAAAGCCCUCUGCAAGGCCCCCUCUGUGGUCUCCUCCUGGCAACCCUGGACACCUGUCCCCAAGGCCGGGGAAAAGCUGGUUCCAGCUGAGGAAGCUCUGGAGGACUCAUUGUUCCUGCCUCGACUUGGGGAGAGCAGUACUGCUGGGCUGCUACCCAGCUCCCGGAUGAGGCACAGAUCAGAGCCCCAGCACCUGAAGGAGAAACCAUUUGUGUUCAACCUUGACGAUGAGAACAUACGGACCUCUGAUGUGUGAUGAAGCAUGGCCACAGGAGGAAGGGAGAGAAAGAGGGCUGUGAUUCAGUUUCUCUGCCUUGUUUGUUGGAGGACAUUCAGAGGUCUUCAUGGCCCUCAUGUCCUGAAGGAAGCUCUGUGGGAGGAGUCCAUCCAGCUGGCUUUUUUUUUUUUUGUAUUAUCAAUGCAGUAUAUUUAAUUUAGGAAAAUCAUUAGGUUAGACUCAUAGGUGUACCAGUGGAGAGAGCGUUCCUUGCCUCUUGUUGACUUUCCCAAGGUCUUCCUGGUAGGGGUUAUUUUUUGUGCCUCCUCUUCUGAGGAGGUUGGGAGCUCUAUUUUACCCCAACCAAGUUUUAUUUCCUUGUCCUUGUUUAGUUUCUUCAUUUCAUUUUCAGUCUAGGCUCAGGAUCUUAGGCCGGUCACCUGGUUUUAUCCCAUUUCUCUUUACUGGCUGGCCUUGGGGGAAGAAGCAAGGUGGUAUUAACCCAGCUGAAAGAUAAUGAGAUGGGGAAGAUGAGGUCUAGCUUGAAUAGGAUCCACCAUGAAAGGCAGUGCUGGGAAUAUCAGCCAGGGUAGAUUCCUAGAGAACCUUCUGGGGAAGAUGGCAAUCUCUUGUGAGGUGCACCAGCCAGCUGUGGGAAUUACUCUCUUCCUCUUGAUGCUCUGUGACCCCCAAAUGCUAUAGAUAAGAGUGGCAGAUCCAACAGUCCAGUUUCUGGAUCAGGCCCAAGGAUGCGUGUAUCAGUGUUAGGUGUUAGGAGUGUGGAGAGCAGAACAGUGUUAUUUGAAUGGGUGAGGGGUGAGGGUGUAAUGUGUGGAAUACAUCUAGCUCUGUGUUAGAGGUUCAGAUUAGCUUGAAAGCAGGUGCCAAGAAGAGAUGGGUGAUAGUCAUCCUGCUUAGCUUUUUUGAUUCAUGUUUUCCAGAAAGGAGAAAAGUUCUGUUUGGGCAAAGGCAGACUAUCUUGAAUCUUUGCCUCAGAGCUCCUUUCCAAUGGGUCAACAUUUGUCUAAUUAUAAGUGCUGUGUCUUGUGUACCCUGAUUGAUUUGUUACUUUUUUAUCCUUGUGUUGCCCUUUGGACAAAGCCAUGAGCACUUGCAUGAUGAAACCCUGUAAUCUGAGGAGGUUCCUUGUACUUUAGUGGAAGUAUCUAUAUCUAUAUCUAUCUAUCUAUCUAUCUAUCUAUCUAUCAUAGAUAGAUAGAUAGUGUUAGAGGUUCCAAGUUGCUGGCUUGAGAUUUCCCAGGUUUCAAAAGAGCCUAGAAAAUUGAGUGUUCCGCCCAGUUUUAGGGUGUGCCUCCUUCCAAUAGACAGGUCCUAUUUCCAGUGCACUUGGGAGCAUAUGUCUCGCCAAUGCCUGUGACAAAUUGCUACCAGAAACUUGUAGGGGAUUCUUAAAGGGAAAGCAAAUAGUGCUCAUCUCCAUUUGUAACUUUUACCAGCUAGAUCAAGUAAUUUUAUUUUAAUUAGAAAUUAGUAACCUAAUUUACUUAGUGACCUAAGUAAAUCCCCACCCUCCUCUGCCCACAUUUAAUGCUGGAGAGAAAGCUCUUGUGACAUUCUUCAGUGGCUUGAGGGGGACUAUGUUUCUUUCUGGAAGUGUAGUCACUCUGAAGCCUGGGUCAUGGUGAGAAUUUGCCCUGGUCACUGCAUUGUGGCUGUCUCUCACUUAAGUUUAGCGUUGUGGUCCCAGGUUCCCCACCCCCACCUCCUCUUUAAAAAUAAACUCUUGUGUACUUUUGUUCUCAGACAUUUUGGGUUUGGGAAUUACUUAUUUACGAGUGAUCAUGGUCACAACCAACUUCAUGUAGCAUGAUUUUAAAAAGCUAUUCAAAAUUCCUAAACCCCUUUGUGUCUGGUUUUACCUUCAGAUUUUUCUCAAGAAAAUUCUUUGCCUAGUCAACAGAAGUACAUAGUGUGAGAUGUGGAACUAAGGAAAAUAAGGAACUUUUGCAGUGCCUGCAAACAUCCCCUGACUCAUGGAAAUGAUGUCACAGCUUUUGGUGUUUAAGUUGUCACAAUCUACUUAUUUCUCUCUUUUUAAAAUAAACUCUGCUACAUUGCUACUUGUAAAUUCACUGGCUAUUAUAAUAAGCUGAUAGGUUUAUAUCCAGUUAGGUCUAUUUGAGAGUGUGUUAAAUUAAACAUAAUCCAAUUUGUAGUAGCUUAAUAAAGGGAAAACAAGGACUUUCUUUCUUUUUGAGGACUCUAACUGGCAAACACUUGCUAAUGUAAUUCCAAUAUCAGAAAAAUAUCUUCCAUGAAGCCUAAAUGUGAAUACAUUCCCAAAUCUUAUUUCAGAAUUCCUUUUCUGUCUAUAUUUCUUACUUUCUGGCUAAUUUCACAUCAUGGUCUUUUUUUGUGUCCUUGCUUUGUUUUGUUUUGUAUAUGAGAUAGAAUCUCUCUGUAUAAUCCAGGUUGGUCUUGCCUCAGCCUCCUGAGUACUGGGAUUACAGGUAUGUGGCACCAUGCCAGGCCUUCCACAGUGUUUUCAUGUGAGCCAAAGAUGGUGCAUAUGUGAUUGAAGCUAGAGUGGGAUGCAGUAGAGGUUAGUGAUCAAGUAUAAGCUUGGAAAAAUUCUGAGUAGUUAUUUUAAAGGAACCAAAAGACAUAGUGCAUUUUCCUUGUGAAAUACGACCCAUGGGAAUAGUUGGUUAUUCCCAUGAGGCUUCUGAAAUGGUCUUGACCUGCUGUGUGUGCUAGUGUUUCAGGUGGUCUUGUCUCUCUCUCUCUCUUUCUCUCUCUCUCUCUCUCACUCAUAUAUAUAUAUAUCCUUCUUUUCCUUCAGUCCCCUUUUCUCUUUGUGUUAUUGCCUGCCAAGUCAAUUACAGUCACUGGUGUUAGGUUGAGUUUGAAUAAAGCAAAUGUUUGGCAAAACACAGUUUGUCCCUCCUGCCUGCUUAUGAAGGUGUGGGAUGACAGUUGUGUUUUGAACCCAGUAGGGUUGGCUGUGAAAAUGCACUCACUUAAAGCCCUGAGGGGAGUGCAUGAAAACUUAAUGCUUUUCAGUUUAUGUGAUCUCCUAAUUGGUAUGUAGCAAAAAAUAAUUUUCUAAAGCUGUUUUGUUGCUUGUUUUGUAAUAAAACCAUGUGAAAU